UGUGCUAUUCACAUGGCAGCAGCACCGGACUACUCCCAUAUCAAACUAUAGAGGUCGUAAACAAAAGGGGAUGUUCAUAGAGAAGGCAAUGGCAGAUCGGGCGAGACUCCUAACUUACGCUUAUAUUCUUCUUUAUAUCGCUCUCUCCAGUGGCCAGAUCUUCUUUAACAAGUGGGUUUUGUCAUCUAAGGAAAUUAACUUUCCUUACCCUCUUGGAUUGACUCUACUUCACAUGGUCUUCUCUUCUGUUUUAUGUUUUAUACUAACCAAAGUUUUUAAGGUCAUGAAAGUUGAGGAUGGAAUGACACUAGAAAUAUAUGCAACGUCAGUUGUUCCAAUAGGUGCAAUGUUUGCAAUGACUCUUUGGCUGGGAAACACUGCCUACCUGUAUAUUUCUGUGGCUUUUGCACAAAUGUUGAAGGCUAUUAUGCCAGUUGCUGUUUUCAUUCUUGGAGUAGCUGCUGGACUUGAGGUGAUGAGCUGCAGAAUGCUGUUAAUAAUGUCAGUGAUCAGUUUUGGUGUUCUUGUGGCUUCUUAUGGAGAGAUCAAUAUUAACUGGAUUGGAGUUGUGUAUCAGAUGGGUGGAGUUGUUGGGGAAGCCUUAAGACUUAUAUUCAUGGAAAUUCUAGUGAAAAGGAAGGGUCUGAAAUUAAAUCCUAUUUCUAUGAUGUACUAUGUUAGUCCCUGCAGUGCGCUUUGUCUAUUUAUUCCUUGGAUCUUUCUAGAGAAGCCAAAGAUGGAAGCACAUGCAUGGAACUUUCCACCUCUUGUGCUAACACUCAACUCUCUUUGUACUUUUGCACUCAACCUAUCAGUUUUCCUCGUGAUCUCUCAUACUAGUGCUCUGACCAUUCGCGUGGCUGGAGUUGUUAAGGACUGGGUUGUCGUCUUGCUGUCUGCUCUUCUAUUUGCAGACACGAAGCUCACAGUUAUAAAUCUGUUUGGUUAUGGCAUUGCAAUUGCUGGUGUAGCUGCGUAUAAUAACCACAAGUUAGUGAAGGAAGCUUCCCGACGCAGUUCUGAUGAAGCACAGUCUGUUGAAUCCGUACCAUUGACUGCAACAACAAAUUCCAAUGGUUAAGAUGUACUUUAAAAGUUGUCUUCCAAGAAAUUUUGAAGCUGCCCCAUAUUGGGUUAUUUUUUGUGCUGGUAUGGAGCUGAAGCAAGUGGAUAUACCAAUGUGUAAAGAUGUAAAAUCCAGAAUCAUAAUCAUCUAAAGAACAUCUGCUGAAGGCUUUGAAAUGUUUGCAUAUUGCUGUUGUACAAACUGGAUUUUCUCUUUAAGUUUUGUGGAGGGGAGGAGCAAAGGAAGUAAAGCAAUUGUUGGGAUACCUGUAGUUAUGUGCAUUCAUUCUUUUUCCACAACAUUUUCAAACACCAAGUCCAAUUAUGCAUAUGUUACAAUGAUUUGUUGGAAAGUGCUGUGCACCGUGGGCACAUUCUUCAUUGAAUAUAUGCAUCCAUAUGUGAAACCAAAUGUAUACGGUGUAUAUUCUCCUUUUCUUAUGAAUACAAGCUUUUACAUGGUUCUAUUCA